AUGGCGGACAUUUACAGUCAUUCCUAUUGCAACAUAUCUGCCGUUGGGGCGUCGCAUAAACCCUCCGCCAUUGGUUUGUUUGGUCCGCCAAAGCUGAACCCAAGACUUCUUCAGCCUUGUACAGUCAAUGUGCCAUUGAAGGAUCGAAAUAAGGGGAUGGUUGAUGGGCCUUGGCUAAUUUGGAAUGAUUCGAUCUGGGAAAGCGAUAUUGAGAACUCGCCUUUGAGCUCGCGCGGCUGGGUCGUUCAAGAGCGGUUCCUGAGCCCCCGCAUUCUUCACUUUUCUCCAAACCAAAUGUACUGGGAAUGUCUGCAGAGUAUCCAUUGCUCAAGUGACCCUGACGGAACACUGUUGAGUCUUGGAACAAAGGAGCGCGCAUAUCUCGAAACCACGGAUUACAAAUCUUCGAGAUUGGAUCUAGCCCAGAGUACUCCGACCCCAGCACAGCCCGGCGAGCGUCCAGAGUACAUACACCAUAGGCAUUGGGGCACCAUGGUCUCAAUUUACAUUGCUUGCCACCUUACGGAGGAGUCCGACAGAUUCAUCGCCAUGUCUGGUAUUGCCAAGGCCUUUCGCGAGGUGAAAGGUGACACAUAUCUCGCAGGGUUGUGGAAGAGAACCCUGCAUGCAGAUCUCUCGUGGGAGACAAGUGCAAGCCAAGGGAACCGAACUCGGCGUAAUAAAGCCUACGCCCCAUCGUGGAGUUGGGUAUCCAUUGUGGGAGACCAUGUGCAACUCGCUAUUCCCCGGGGUAAAUUCGCGAAUCUCCCAGUGGCUCUCAUCAGGCUUAUUGGCGAACGUAUCGUGCCAGAUCCUCCCAAUGGUGACCCCCUUGGUUUACUUCAAUCGGCAGAGCUUGAUAUUGAGUGCAUGAUAUAUCAUUACCGAUGGGUAGGGGACUCAAAGACGGUCGUAGUCUAUUCGGACAACGAAAUGACGCACCAAUAUGCUGAGAUAAGUCAUGCAUCUGGCGAUUUCAAACUGGAUACAUCAGACCUCGUCAGAAAGUUUGACGAAGCAGACAAGAUCGAGGGUGUGUGCUUCCCGUUGUUUGGCGUUUAUGAGGGUUAUGGCGGAGGGCAUAAUAAAUUCCUAGUUUUGGAACCUCAAGCAAAGAAUGUAUACAAACGUAUAGGCCUCUUUCGAGUAGGAGGGAUUGGCAAUUACAUUUCUAGCUGGUCCGGUCAAGGUUCAACUAUCACACUUGUUUAG